AUGACGAAGUAGACAACUAAAAGGAAAGCCAAGAUGAAGAAGUAGAGCCACCCGUAAACGAGGAACAACCACAAGAGGAGGAAACGCCAAUGCCAAGGGCAUGGAGGACUUCAAAGAACCAUCCUCUUGACAAGGUGAUCGGUGACAUCAACCGAAAGGUAAGUACUCGUAGCUCUCUUAGGGACACUGUAGGAGGUCAAAGAAAAAGAUCCCGCACCGGCAAGAACGUGGCUUCUUCCUCGGCUCCUCCACCACCGGCGCACCAAUACCUCGACGGAUCUUUCUUAUGGUUCAACGACCGCGCAGAGGCGACGCGGUUCUCGGAGAAGUUUGAGCACCGGGAAAUUCUCCCUCCCCGAUUCUCCACCGCCCGCUUCAUUCAUGACUCCAUUCCACGAGAAGCACGGGUUAUCCUCGAACGUGGAAACUUCCUCGACCUCCUCUACAUCAAGAAGGCUCAUUAUCACCCUUUUCUUGUUCGAGCUUUCUACUCAAACUUGAAAAAGGAUGAGGACGGAGCGUUGAUCUCUAACGUCAACGGGGUGGACAUUUAUUUGAAUGAGGAAAACAUUCAAAUCCUCACCGGGCUUCGUCAGAACGGACAGGAUCUCGGGCUCUACGUCGGAGAAGAAGGAGCGCGGUUCAACGAGACCGCCCUCUUGGAGGAAGUGGGCAUCCGACACUUCGUCCCCACUCCCCAAUAGCGGCGCCCUACGAUUGCUUCCAUGAGUCUCGUGUUUCGAUUCAUUUUUUAUGUUUUGACACGGAUUCUCAAGCCUAGGAAGUUCAAUC